CUUGGCUACCUCGCUUUGAAAUCUUAUAAAAGGUUACCUUCCUUAAUUAGUCUCUUCAACCAUCUGCCAACUUCGACCACCUCCGUCUUAGUACUCCUUAGUCCUUACUACCUACAAGUUUGUGCUUUGUUGUUUUGUUAAUCACCUUUCUUAUCUCCCACCACCAUGCCUGAGAAUAAGCACCACAGCCACCCCUUUCACCAUCACAAGGAGGAAAAACCUGCCGGAGAAAUGAGCGAGCAAGACUAUGAGAAACAAGUGAAACACCACAAGCACUUGGAGCACGUCGGCAAGCUAGGUGCUGUAGCCGCUGUUACCAUUGCUCGGCAUGAGAAGCAUAAGGCUAAGAAAGACCCAGAGAAUGCUCACAAGCACAAGAUCAAAGAGGAGAUUGCAGCAACAAUUGCAGUGGGCAGUGUUGGAUUUGCAAUCCAUGAGCACCAUCAGAAGAAAGAAGCUAAAAAACAAAAUGAAUCAGCUUUCGGGAAGAAACACCAUCUGUUCUGAAAGUCUUUUCUCUAGUUCUAGUCCUUCUCCCUCUCUCUCUCCC